AUGGGGGGCAAAUCCGAAAACAAGGCCGGCUACUUCGAUAAGCUCAAGGGUUUACUCGAGGAGUACAAGUCCAUCUUCAUCGUCACCGUCGACAAUGUCAGCUCUCAACAAAUGCACGAGAUCCGUGGAUCUCUCCGUGGUGAGGGUGUUGUCUUGAUGGGAAAGAACACCAUGGUCCGCCGUGCCGUCAAGGGCUUCGUCGGUGACAACCCAGAAUACGAGCGUCUCCUUCCUUUCGUCAAGGGUAACGUCGGUUUCGUUUUCACCAACCAAGACCUCAAGACCAUCCGUGACAAAAUUCUCGACAACAAGGUCGCUGCUCCAGCCAGAGCUGGUGCCGUUGCCCCAGCUGAUGUCUACGUCCCAGCCGGUAACACCGGUAUGGAACCAGGAAAGACCUCUUUCUUCCAAGCUCUCGGUGUCCCAACCAAGAUUGCCCGUGGUACCAUUGAAAUUACCGCAGACUUGAAGCUCGUUGAGGCUGGUUCCAAGGUCGGAGCUUCCGAGGCUACCCUUCUUAACAUGUUGAACAUCUCUCCGUUCACAUACGGUAUGGGUAUCUCCCAAGUUUACGAUGCUGGUAACACUUUCCCACCAAGUGUUCUCGACAUCGAGGAGUCCCAACUUCUUAAGGCUUUCAGCAGUGCUAUCACCACAAUCGCUGCUAUCUCCUUGGCUGCCAACUUCCCAACCCUUCCAUCUGUUAUGCACUCUGUUGUUAACAGCUACAAGAAGGUUUUGGCUGUUGCCAUCUCAACCGACUACAGCUGGUCUGAGAUUGAUGAGUUGAAGGACCGAAUUGCCAACCCAGAGGCCUACGCCAGUGCCGGACCUGUCGCUACUGAGGCUGCCCCAGCUGCUGCUGCUGCUGAGGAGGCCAAGAAGGAGGAGUCCGAGGCUGAGGAUUCCGCUGAUGAGGGAUUCGGAGGAAUGUUCGACUAA